AUGGCUAAGGAGGUUGAAAACUUCGACCCCAUCGGUAACAUCUUAAUCCAGGUCCAUGAAGACCUUUAUCAAUUAAAGGAGAAAUUAGCAAAAUUCCCACUUGAGGAAAAAGGAGGAACUCUAGACAUUCAGAGUCUUGAAAAAGCAAUCAAGAGGACUGAAAUGGGGUUAAAAAUUCACAUCGAGAAGUAUUUAAAUAUUGUAAACCAUCAUGUGUCAACUACUCCUGCUAUUGAUGAUAAGUUACAUUUUCCCCACACUUCCAAAUGGUCGCUUCCAACUGUAAUUGAUCAGAAAUUAUUUAUUUUCCCUUUGGAAUCUGAGAAUAAACUUUGGCAACCCCAGAAACAGCGCAGUACAUUUCCACAUGCCUCUCGGAGAACAAAGCGAAAGAUAGGGUUGAAUGUAAAAAUCAUGCAGGAUCCUGAGAACACCCACCACAGAGCAGCUGUAAAUGCACACUAUGGAAUCAGUUUGCCAUAUAUUAAUCAGAGAAAAGCAUCUGUGAAGGUUCAGAAGUUAGUACAAGGGUCCACCGUCAGCAGCCUCACAGUUCUGCCGGCUUCUCAUCGCACGGAUCCCUACUUCACCCCCAUACCAGUCUUACAAGAGGAUGCCAGCAGAGGUCAGUGA